CAUGAGAAAAUUCACACAAGAAAGAGUCCUUACAAAUGCUUAGAGUGUGGAAAAUGUUUCACUCAGAAUUCAUCUCUUUGGAAACAUAAUAAAACACACACAAAGGAGAAAAGCAACAUUUGUCCAGAAUGUGGAAAAGGUUAUUCCAGCAAAUCGUGCUUGCAGCGACAUCGGAGACUUCACACCGGAGAAAGACCCUAUCAGUGCCCUGAAUGUGAGAAAAGAUUUGUGGUUUCUUCUGAACUUUGGAGGCACCAAAGGAGGCACAGGGGAGAAAAACUAUAUAAAUGUAAGUCACAAACUGGGGAAAGACCCCAUCAGUGCCUAGAAUGUGGAAAAAGUUUUUCCAGGAAAUCUUGCUUGCUGAAACAUCAAACAAUUCACACCGGAGAAAGACCCCAUCGGUGCCCAGAAUGUGGGAGAUGUUUUGGCAGAAAGUCAACCCUAAUUCGACAUCAGAGAAUUCAUUCUGGGGAAAGACCCUACAAUUGCCCAGAAUGUGAGAAAAGAUUUGUCGAUUCUUCUGAACUUCGGAAACACCAAAGGAUUCAUUGGGGAGAAAAAUUCUAUAAAUGCAGGGAUUGUGAUAAAUGUUUUUUUGAAAAGUCAAAUCUUUCUGAACAUCAAAGUAUCCAUACAGGGGUGAAGCCCUAUAUGUGCAUUGAGUGUGGAAGAUUUUUCCGUACAAUACAAAUCCUCAGAAGUCAUGAGAAUGUUCACAGAGGGGAAAGAAAGUUCAAAUGUUUAGACUGUGGGAAAGCAUUUAGUUGUCAAUCAACCCUUAGAAUUCAUUGCCAAGCCCAUACGGGUGAGAAACUCCAUAAAUGCUCAGUGUGUGAGAAAUCGUUUACUCGGAAAAAUACACUUUGGAAGCAUCAGAGAAGCCACUUAGAGAAGCAAUAUAAAUGUCCAGAGUGCGAGAAGUCUUUUCAUUGCAAAUAUUAUCUUAGAAAACAUGUGAGGCUUCACAAAGGAGAAAAGCCCUUCAAGCGUGUGCAGAAAAAUAUAAAGUGUCCAGAAUGUGGGAAGUGUUUUGGUCAAAAGUCACAAGUAAUUCGACACCAGAGAAUUCACACUGGAGAAACACCCCAUCAGUGCCAAGAAUGUGGGAGAUGUUUUGGCUACAAGGAAAGUCUACUUCGACAUGAGAAACUUCACACUGGAAAGAGACCCUAUCCAUGCCCAGAAUGUGAGAAAACCUUUCUGGUGCCUGCUGAACUUCGGAGGCAUCAGAAGAAGCACACAGGAGAGAGGCCCUUUAAAUGUGGGGAGUGUGAGAAAAGUUUUCUCACAGCAGCACUGCUUCGGGUUCAUCAAAGAAUCCACACGGGGGAGAAGCCGUACAAAUGUGCGGAGUGUGGGAAAUGUUUUUCUCAAAAAAGAUACCUUGGAAAGCAUCAAAAGAUCCAUACACGGGCGAAGCCAUAAAAUGCAGUAGAGUUUUGCUCAAAAGCGAGACAUCAGAAAACUGGCAUGGGAAAAGCCCUAACAGGCCCUGUUGAUAGAACAGGUUUUCAUAGUUGUUCAAUCCUUAGAAAUCAUUUAAGAGUUCAUAAGGGGGAGGGGUGUAUUAGAAACUCUCAGAGAGCAUUUUUUUAUCAACUGUCCCUUAAAAAUCACACUCUAAUCCAGAUAGGAAUGAUGCACUUUAAAUGAUUGAAGUGUGAUGUAUGGUUUGCUUGGAAAAAUACUCUUUCAGCACCAGUGAAUUCUUACUGGAGAGAAACUUUUAUCAGGUCUUAGAAAAUGUGGCAGAGAUUUUUAUCUGAUCAUCAGAUCUUCAGGUGCGCAUGAAAAAUCCACACAGGAGGAAAAUCUUACAGGUGUGUAACAUGAGAAUAUUUUUCCUUGCCCAUUGGAAUUUCCUGCCUCCUGGAGAUUGUCCAUUAAAAUUGCCUCCUUUAAAUUUUCUUUGCCAAAUUAAAUUUUGUUAGAAUUUUUUAAAAUUUUAAUGCUAAGACGUGAAUAUGAAAAUCGGAUGUGAGUGUGAAAAACUUAUAUCUAAUGUGAAAUUGUCUGGAAGUGUAUGAAGACUCCUGUCUUGGGCAGGGAAGGUAGGACUGGAAGAGUACAGCUCUUGUUAUUCUGUUGUAGCCCUAUGAUUCUAAGAAUGUAGAAAGAAAAAGGGACAUGGGUGAAAAACAAAAAUGCUGACAAAAUAGGAGGAAAGCUAAGGCUUCUGCUAAAACCUUGCAAGCCACCAAAAGUCUCUCUUUAGUUGGGCAGGAUUAACGAAUCCGGGAAAUAAAUAGAAACAUAGGAUACGUAAUCCUAGA